CUCUGAGGGCAUGUGCGUUCCAAGAGUUGUGUCGUACACACAUGUGUGUCGGUGUUCGUCCGUUUUGUGUAGUGCCGUGUACUUAUAAUUUUAUAAAAAUUAAUUAACGGUAUCAUUUUUUUAUAAGAUAGCACGUUAAAAAUAUAUUUAAGUGAAAACAAUCAUUUAAAUGCAACAGCAGAUAUGUGCUAACCAAGGAAGUAAUCUAGUUAAAAGGAUACACGAAUUGGUCUGUCUGUAGGACGUGUACACGACAUGGAGCAAAUUAAGGAUCCCUUCCGGUUUACUAAUUUUUAGUUCAAGAGUGCUGUUGGAACUGUAAAAUAGUGGCGCCUGACAUUAAUGAAACAACGAUUUUCAAAUAAUAGUCGAUCCCAAGCAUAUAUAUACCAUGGGAUAGACAAUGCGAAUGCUUGGACAUCAAGUGAGUCCGGAUAAAGAGAAGUGCAACGGCCUACCUCUGGUGACGACGUCGGACAUGGACGGUCGUUUCUACCAGACGGUCACGGCCGUGCCGGCCAUAGUGUUGGAAGAAACUCCUAAAUCGGCCGAAGUUAAAAGAAAACUCAUUACUUGGGGCAGAAAAAUGGGAAAGAGGUUGGAAGUGUUGCGGCGAAGUGAAUCGCGUGAUUCAUUGGACAGCCUAUCAUCUAGAGAUAGUAUGACUACUACGACUGCCAAAAAUCAUUCAUCUUGGUCACUUGGUCAAACUUCCGGAUGUAACGAAAAAUCAUCCACCCUUAAAGGGUUUUUUAACCGAAUUGGUUCCACGGGUAUGUUGAGCUAUUCACGGUUAUACAGUAAUAGCUUUCGUGACAAACUAACACAAUCAAAAAAGUCUGCCAUAGAUUGUCAACUCUAUAGAAGUGUAUCAACUUCUCACUUAACUGUUUCUUACAUGAAAGGAGACGACCCAGCUGAUUGCUUAGAUCAUCGUGGGGAUUCGAGAACUAUCGAUAGUGAACAAGAUGAUCGUGAACUUGUUAAAUCUCCCACCGAACCGGGAUAUGUUCCUUUAAAAACCAGGAGUUGUGACAAUAUAUCCAAACUAGGUACUUCAAAAAAACCAAAUUUUCCUUACGCAUUUUUAAGGUCCCGGUUGUCUGUAUUACCGGAAGAAAAUGGUGGCAGUGUUAUAAGUCACUUAGCACGUGCUAGCGUUAAACAGCGAAGUGGACCAGCCCUAGAAAGCCAUGAAAUUGUGGUUACUGAAGAACUAUUCAAAGAAAUGGAUAAUGAUAGAGAAUAUAGGAGAGUAUUUAGCAAUAUGAGUUCAUCCAAUGAGUCUGGGUAUGAUAGUGAUGGACCACGAACAAUGGAGUCUCUUUAUCACCGUCAAAAAGCGGCAGACGAAGAUAGUGGUUUUGGUGAUACCAAAUCAGUAGCCACCGACAGUUUGAACGAUUUUGAAGAGCACUCUGAAACAACACCAGUGCCGAGACGUCAUAGUGAUAAGGACUACAACGUACCUUCUAUGUGUCUGUUUUAUAAAAAGAAUCGCGAAAUCAAUGACCGUAUUCGAUCAGACGGCCUAUCCAAGGAGACGCCUAAUUUUCAUCGACGAAUGUUUAUAAAGAACAAAUUAUCACCAUCUGUAGGGACUAUCAGUAACGACAUGUCUUCUUUGCCUGUUGAUCUCAACAACUUACAGUCUCGUAUUCAAGUUGUUCGUCUAGUGAAAACUAGGUAUGAUGACGACCUUGGGAUACAUUUAAAAAUGACAGUGAAACACGUUGCUAAUUAUAAGGAGACAAGAUUCUUUGUAGUUAAACUAGAACCUGGAAAAUUGGUCGAUAGGGAUGGUCGAAUAAAGGUAGAUGACGAAAUCAUGAAUGUUAAUGGAAGGUUAUUACGAGGCAUUAAUGACAAAUACGAAGCUGAAAAAGUUCUAAAUCACAGCAUACCACAAGCUGGAAAAUAUUACGUAGAAAUAGUUGUUUCUAGAUCUAUCGAUUCACAUCCACAGCCUUUUGAACAACAACAAAUACGAGAAUUUGAGCCUUACGAUCCUAAGCAAAACGCCGUAUCAGUAAUCAAUCGGGUGUUGGCAAGCAAAAUAAAUUCUUCCAAACCUUUACCAUCAUUACCAACAAUGAGUACCACUUAUGCAUCUGUCACUUUUUACAAAGGGUCUGGUCAUAAGUCAUUAGGUUUUAGCAUCGUGGGUGGAUCAGAUUCUCCAAAAGGAGAAAUGGGCAUUUUUGUUAAGACCAUUUUUACUACCGGCCAAGCCGCUGAGAAUGAUUCGCUAAUGGAAGGUGAUGAGAUAUUACGAGUAAAUGAAGAAUCAGUCAGUGGUAUGACUCAUGCUCAGGCUAUAAAUUGUUUCAAAAAAAUUCGCCAAGGGCCGUUAGAAAUGAAAAUAUGCAGAAGAAAAUUGUUUCUUGACGUUGAUACGCAUGAAGAUGAAAAUAUGUCAUUAACAUUUUAAAAGAGCAAUAUUUUUUAUUUAUAACGUUCCUGCUUUACUUUAUUUUUUAUUUUACAGAAGCAGUAUUUCCUUCCUCAUUAGAAAACUCUUGUGUAAUAUUCAUACAUAAUUAAAUUUUAAGUUAAAU